GUGAGAUCUGACUGCUGGCAUGGGAAAGCAUAAGUGGCUGUGUGGGCUUUGAAAUGAUGACGCUCAGAGCUCUUUCCCCUGGAGAAUAAUGGGCUGAAAUGUGGAGAGGCUGAGCACAAGGAAACGCACACAGAGCGACACACGGCUUUUCCGGAGACACACACGAGCCAGCGGUGUCUCCCAUCAGUCCCUGAGCGCACACAGAAUGAAUAUUUUUUUCAAUUUGAGGGGGACGAUUGUGAGGCAAAUAGCAGAGGACAGAGCUGUUGCAGAGGCAGCCAUGAGCCCUCCACGCCGAUCCUCAAGCCCUCCACGCCGAUCCUCAAGCCCUCCACGCCGAUCCUCAAGCCCUCCACGCCGAUCAUCGAGUUCCCAUGGUGACAGGCCCCCCACUGAGACCCUGCAGAGGAACAACAGCAGCAACUCUGGUGUUAUUCUGGACAUCUCGGCCCUCAAGAUGGCGGAAGUGGACACCGAGGUUCCUCCUCUUCCACCUCGCUAUCGCUUCAGGGACCUGCUCCUGGGGGACCAGACAUUUCAGAAUGAUGACAGGGUGCAGGUGGAGUUCUAUGUGAACGAAAACACCUUCAAGGAGAGGCUGAAGCUUUUCUUCAUCAAAAACCAAAGGUCAAGCCUGAGAAUCCGCCUGUUCAACUUCUCACUGAAGAUUCUCACCUGUGCCCUCUACAUUGUGAGAGUCAGCCUGGAUAACCCCGACAACUGCAACCCAGGUGCAAUAUGUCGGAACAGCAGCAACAAUGCAACAGAGAUGGAUGGAAUCGAUUGGUCGUUGAUUUUCUGGGUUACCAGACGGGAACCUGUAUGGGCAAUACAGGUGACAGUGGCCUUAAUCAGUUUUUUGGAGACCAUGCUUAUCACAUAUCUCAGCUACAAGGGGAACAUUUGGGAGCAGAUCUUCCAGAUAUCCUUCAUAUUGGAGAUGAUCAAUUCGGUGCCAUUUAUAAUCACAAUCUUCUGGCCUCCACUAAGAAACAUAUUUGUUCCUGUAUUUCUUAACUGCUGGCUCGCCAAAGGAGCCCUGGAGAACAUGAUCAAUGACUUCCAUCGUGCCAUCCAGAGGACCCACUCUGCCAUGUUCAACCAGGUCUUCAUCCUCAUCUGCACCUUACUGUGUCUGGUCUUCACUGGAGCCUGUGGGAUCCAGCAUCUAGAGAGAGCCGGGAAGCACCUGAGCUUGUUUGACUCAUUCUAUUUCUGCAUCGUCACCUUCUCCACUGUCGGUUACGGGGACGUCACACCACGAAUCUGGCCCUCCCAGCUGCUGGUGGUUAUUCUCAUCUGUGUCGCUUUGGUGGUGCUCCCACUGCAGUUUGAAGAACUAGCGUACCUAUGGAUGGAGAGCCAGAAGUUAGGAGGGAACUACAGCCGACACCGGGCGCAGACAGAGAAGCAUGUGGUGUUGUGUGUCAGCUCGCUGAAGAUCGACCUGCUGAUGGAUUUCCUCAACGAGUUCUAUGCUCAUCCAAGACUACAGGACUACUAUGUGGUGAUCCUGUGUCCAACAGAGAUAGACAUUCAGGUUCGCCGCAUCCUCCAAAUCCCUCUGUGGUCUCAGAGGGUCAUCUACCUUCAAGGAUCUGCCCUCAAAGACCAGGACUUGAUGAGAGCCAAGAUGGAUGACGCCGAGGCCUGCUUCAUCCUCAGCAGCAGGAACGAGGUGGACAGAACUGCUGCUGAUCACCAGACUAUUUUAAGGGCUUGGGCUGCAAAAGAUUUCGCUCCAAAUUGCCCUCUCUAUGUCCAGAUUCUCAAACCCGAAAAUAAAUUCCAUGUCAAGUUUGCAGAUCAUGUAGUGUGUGAAGAGGAGUUCAAGUAUGCUAUGUUGGCGCUGAACUGUGUGUGUCCCGCCACGUCUACCUUAGUCACACUCCUGGUUCACACCUCCAGAGGACAGGAGGGGCAGAUGUCACCGGAGCAGUGGCAGAGGAUGUACGGACGCUGCUCUGGAAAUGAGGUUUACCAUAUCCGCCUGUGUGACAGCAAGUUUUUUGGGGAGUACGAUGGAAAGAGCUUCACCUACGCCUCCUUCCACGCACAUAAGAAGUAUGGUGUGUGUUUGAUCGGAGUGAAGCGGGAGGACAACAAGAGCAUCCUCCUGAACCCCGGGCCCCGCCACAUCAUGGCUGCCGCCGACACCUGCUACUACAUCAACAUCACCAAGGAGGAGAACUCGGCCUUCAUCUUCAAACAGGAGGAAAAGCACAGCAAGGGCCUGCCUGUCACCGGCCUCUACGACGCCCCCUCCAGGCUGCCCGUGCACAGCAUCAUCGCCAGCAUGGUUGAUCAAGCCACUGCAUAUGGCACUGUAGCCAUCGAUCUCCAGAACCCUGAUCCUCCAGAGGAGAGCGGCAAGCUGACCUUGCCGACGGAGAACGGCUCCGGAAGUCGCAGGCCGAGCAUUGCGCCCGUUUUGGAGAUUGCUGACUCCUCCGCCAUCCUGCCCUGCGACCUCCUCAGUGACCAAUCAGAGGACGAGACCAACCAAUCAGACGAUGAGGGCUCUGUUGGGUCAGAUUUUGUGAAGGGCUACCCUCCCAACUCUCCCUACAUCGGCAGCUCGCCGACUCUGUGCCACCUCCUGCCACAGAAAGCUCCUUUCUGCUGCCUCAGACUCGACAGGGGCUGCACACACAGCAGCUUCGAGGAUGCCAAGGCAUACGGCUUCAAGAAUAAGCUGAUUAUAGUGUCUGCAGAGACGGCUGGAAAUGGUCUCUACAACUUCAUCGUCCCUCUGCGCGCUUACUAUCGGCCCAGGAAGGAGCUCAACCCCAUAGUGCUGCUGCUGGACAACCCGCCAGACAACCAUUUCUUAGAGGCCAUUUGCUGCUUUCCAAUGGUUUACUUCAUGGCUGGAACUAUCGAUAACUUGGACAACCUGCUGCAGUGCGGUAUAAUCUACGCCGACAACUUGGUGGUUGUGGACAAAGAGAGCACCAUGAGCGCCGAGGAGGACUAUAUGGCAGACGCCAAGACCAUCGUCAACGUGCAGACUAUGUUCAGGUUGUUCCCCAGUCUCAGCAUCAUCACCGAGCUCACACACCCGUCUAACAUGAGGUUCAUGCAGUUCAGAGCCAAGGACUGCUACUCACUCGCUCUCUCCAAACUGGAGAAGAUAGAGCGUGAUAAGGGCUCCAACUUGGCCUUCAUGUUCCGGCUGCCGUUUGCUGCAGGCAGGGUGUUCAGUAUCAGCAUGUUGGAUACACUGCUCUACCAGUCGUUUGUUAAGGACUAUAUGAUCGCUAUAGCGAGGCUGCUCCUCGGUCUGGACACCACGCCCGGCUCUGGGUACCUGUGUGCUAUGAAGAUCACAGAGGAGGACCUGUGGAUCAGAACUUACGGCAGACUCUUCCAGAAGCUUUGUUCCUCCAGCGCUGAGAUCCCCAUCGGGAUCUACCGCACCGAAUCGCACAUGUUCUCAACCUCAGAGUGCAAGGACAGUAACGCACAGUCUCAGGUGUCCAUCAACAUGCAGCAGGGCGAGGAGCAUCGUGAGCGUGGAGAGUCCUGGAAGGAAAAGACGGCCCACAGAAACUCCACAACGAGCGACCAGUCGGAGCACCCGCUGCUGAGAAAGAAGAGCAUGCAGUGGGCAAGACGGCUGAGCAGGAAGACGACCAAACCCUCCAGCAGAGCGGAGCGUAUCUCUCAGCAGAGACUCAACCUGUACCGACGCUCCGAGCGGCAGGAGCUGUCCGAGCUGGUCAAGAAUCGCAUGAAGCACCUGGGCCUGCCCACCGUGGGAUACGAGGAUGUUUCUAAUCUCACUGCGAGCGAUGUCAUGAAUCGAGUAAAUCUAGGAUAUUUGCAAGAGUUGCAGGACAUUUCAGAGCACCCGUAUACAGAGGGGACCAGGCCGUCAGGGCCACAAGCAGACGAGAUGAACGACCACCAGAACACGCUGUCCUACGUCCUCAUCAAUCCUCCUCCUGACACCAUGCUGGAGCUCAACGACAUUGUGUACAUUAUCCGGUCCGACCCGCUGGCACACAUGCCAGAGGACUCGCAGGUGGGUCAGGCCCGCAGCACCAGGAACCAGCAGGACUUUGGCACAGAGACGAGAGACGAGACUCACCUCUGAAACCCCCCGAGUCCUCGACACCCUCACACCUUAACCUCUAAGCCCCGCCCGGGCCGACAGAGCAUGUUUGUCUCACACGGAUGAAGGCUCGUCUCGGGCCAAGAACGGCAGUCCAUAGUGAAUGUGCAUUAUGUGUCUCUCAGCCUCAGAUCAGAAUUAACCAACAUUUUAAAAGACGGCCCCGAGAGACCUGCUGUUUCCCACUGAGCUGCUACAGGAGGACGCAUGAAGAGUGCCUCGUCAUCGACCCCGACUCCCCCUCGCACACCUUCUGUACCAACACACGUCACCGCAAAACAAUCUCAAAGCGAGAGCCAGGCACAGGAAACGGCCCCCUCCUUCCAACCAAAGGACCGAGAGAUUUGACGUGAGAGGUCAAAGGAGUUUUUCGUGCACACACUGUACAGGAAAUCAUUUCACUCAGGGGUGAAGUUGCCCUCAGGCCGACUUCCUCUAAGCCUGUUUCUGCCUAAACUC